AUGUCGUCGCUACUGCCGAUCAUCUCAGAGAUCCUGCCCAUGGUGUUGCCGUCCAAGACGGAGACGACGCCUGCAGACCAGCUCACUCCCAUUUUGGACAAUGAGGGACGCCCCAUCCGCGAGACUGCCAUUGCUGACGCCAUCAUCUAUGUAGUCUCCGGUACCGGCACACUUGUCGUAAAGGAGGGUUUUAAGGGCGAAUUACGACAUCACGAGCUUCGGCCGGGAGACUUUGCAUUCGUGCCGGCCUGGACGGAGCACCAAGCUCGAAACGAUGGUGACCAGGAUUUUGUUUGGGUCAUCACUCAAAGCGGCCCCCGUCCUGUCGGAGCCAUUUUGACUGAAUGGGGGGGUCAGGAGGUCAAGACGAUUGAGUGA